AUGGCUGAUGAACACACCACCUCCGGUGUUCUCCAGCUCGAUGAGCACCUCAUCGCCCGCAUCCUCCAGCUCGCCCGAGACGACAAUCUUGUCGCUCUGGAGAUCGAGAUCGAAAAGCUUGACAGCCAGAACAAGAUGGACAAUGUCUCACUAGUUACGACCUCCUUGCUCGAUAAGAAUCGACGUACCAUUCUGCAUCUCGCCUCACAGGGCGCUGUCACGAAUGUCGUGAAAUAUAUCACCUCGACGAGUAUAUUUCCCAAGCACGGCAGCACGAAAGCUCUAGCCGCUUUCCUCAACCAGGAGGACAAUACUGGAGAGACGGCAUUUCACGUAGCUGUUCGCACAGGCCAGAUUGGCUUGUUGGCAAUCUUGACGAACCAAGGUGCUGCCAUGGAUACGACGGAUAAUUUAUAA